CCAUUUUGGCAGAAAUCAAACAACAAAAUGAAGCUCUUCUCUGUUUUCGUACUUUUGGUAGUACUCGCGUUAGAUCCCGUUUUAACAUCUCCAACUCCAGACAAAAUAUCCAAAGAGGCGAGAUCGCACGGGAUUGCCUUCGAUGGACAGUUUCCUUCAUCAGCCAGCAUCUACAUUCAGGCGCCUUCUGGGACCUUCUUUUGUGGUGGUACCCUCAUCAGCGAACUCUUUGUUCUAACCACAGCUAGUUGCAUUCAAGGUGCUGUUCUCUUCACCGUUCGUCUUGGAUCCAGUUCACUAGGAAGCGAUGAUCUUAUCACUGUGGUCGCUGAUACUUACUGCUUACAUCCAGAUUACGAGUCGUCGACGCUCCAGAACAACCUUGGGCUCAUCCAGUUCCGAGAACCAGUUAAAGAUGUAGAGUACGUGCGACCUGCAUAUUUACCGACUGAGCCGCUUGACCCUGAGUCUAUAUAUGUUGCCGUUUCUUGGGGCUCGUUCACUAGUGGUAACGGUAAUGAUCUUAACUAUGCCACUGUAACUAUUGUACCAAAUGAUGAGUGCAUGGUCAAGUCCGAUAGCUUGGCUUGUGGGGUUAGUGAGGACGAUGAAGGGUUAUGCUGGGGUACUAUGGGCAAUGCCAUGCUUACUGUGCUUGAUGCCAAGGAUCAGUGGGUUAUGGGGGUAGCCAGUUUUGGUCUAGCUAAUGCUUGCAGUCCCUCUGAUCCUUACGUCUACGUUCCAGUCUUUCCAUUCGUCGACUGGAUUAAGGCUGUUACCGGAAUUGAGUAAAGUAGAAGACACAAAUUUAUUUUGUAUAACUUUCAGCAAUGUUACUUUUAUUAGUAUAAAAAUGUGAAAGAUUAUUGUACUAUGUAACUUACACGUGAGGUGAAUAAAAUUUUGGAGAA